CUGCCGCUGCCGCCCGUCAUGCUGCGGCUCCUGCUGCCGCUCCUCGGCUUGGCCGCCUUCCUCCGGGCAGCGGCUUUGUUGACCCAAGUCAUCCCUUCAUAACCACAUUAUUGCCUACUGGAGACUUCUGCAGAACAGCAGGGAACAGUCAGGAAGCAAAGAUGAUCUCCUUCAAGCAAUUGCCCCUUGAAGCAAAGGCCGCAGUGGCUGCAGGAGUGGUUUUCUUCUCCAUGAUGCUCUCGCGGAGUUAUGUGGCAGAAAAACUGGAUCUCAGGAUGCGGCGUUGGCUUCUGAGGCUGCAGAUGGCACUGUUUGCUAAUGCUCUCAUGUUGAUAGGAUCCCUUCAUGUUUGGAGAAGCACAGUCACCACGUUCUCCAGGUCUUCAGCUGCCAGCUCCUUCUGUUUCAUGCCGUGGAAAAUAGCUGUGUUCAUGUUUCUAGCUCUGGCUCAUUCAAGCUUCUUUACAUUGUUAUUUCUCGUUGCAGAAGAGCCCUACUUCUUUUCCUUAGCUGCCUACACUUGCCUGGGGGCCUAUAUCAUUCUCAUCUUCUUUCUCUUCACCCUAGGCUCUGUGGAGCAGGCUUACAAGUUCUUGGCUGGGCGAGGUGCAAAGGCAGGCGCUGGCAGCAAGAACAGAACAGCAAUGAAACCAGUUUUAGCAGUCAUGCUGACUCUUGUGCUGACUGUUGUCGGGCUGUUAAAUGCUUCCCAGCCGCCCACUGUGAAUUCAGUGGAGAUUCCAGUUCACAAGCUGCCCUCAACGAUGAAUAAUCUGAAAGUGGUGUUGCUUUCAGAUAUUCAUCUGGGGCCUACAGUUGGGAAGACCAAGCUUGCCAUGAUUGUGAGAAUGGUUAAGGCUCUAAAGCCAGAUAUCACUGUGAUCGUUGGGGACCUGACUGACUCCGAGGCGGAGAUCAUCCGACCUGCUGUCGAGCCUCUUGGUGAGCUUAACUCCCCUUUGGGAACUUACUUUGUCACAGGAAACCACGAGUACUACACCUCAGAUGUCAGCAACUGGUUUGAGCUGUUGAAAUCCUUUAACAUUCGGCCACUCCAUAAUGAGAACGUGAAGAUUGUCUCACCAGAGAGCGCUGCUGACUGGUUCUGCCUAGCUGGUGUGGAUGAUAUUGAAGCAGACGUGUUACGCUACUCGGGACAUGGCAUGGACUUAAAGAAAGCUCUCAGGGGCUGUAGCAGCGAGCAUGCAAUUGUGCUCUUAGCCCAUCAGCCCGUGGCUGCAAAGUGGGCCCUUCAGGAGAGACCAGACAUAAAUUUGAUUCUCUCUGGCCACACUCACGGAGGGCAGAUGUUCCCCUUAAAUGCUGGAGCUUACUUUCUGAACCCCUUCUUUGUUGGCUUGUACAAAGUCGGGCAGAACACCUUUGUCUAUGUCAGCCCGGGGACAAUGUACUUUGGAAUACCCAUGAGGCUUGGCAGCAGGGCUGAGAUAACAGAGAUAAUUCUACGUGCUCCUUGAAGGAGUUGUCCCUUCUGAAGACUUCCACUGUCCUUUUGCUCUGGAAGCAAAUCGUUUUUCAGGGAAGCCAGGGAAGAUGUACUUGGGGUGGACUUGAGCAGGUUCUGUUAAAUAUGAGCAGAAAACACUAAUCGUUAUCUUGGGCUUCUGAAGCAAAUUGGGGGCAUGUAAAAUACUACAGAAAUGGAUUUUUGGAGUUUGUGAUGAUUGAGGUUCUGCCUUUGACAAUAACACUAAUCCCGUGGAGAGAAUGUGUGCCUGUUAGCAUUGCCUCUGUCCUGCCACGUUCUGCUGGUUAUUAUCCCAUCAGGCAGCUGCCUUAAGUUUCAGACAGGUGAAGUUCAGAUCUCUUGCAGUGACAUUGCAGAAGGUACUGCAGUGCAUCCACUAAGUAUGUGAGCUCUGGAAGCCUUAUGCUAGAGAAGUUACAGGAAGGGAAUAGUUUGGUUUUUUUUGUUAUUGAGGUUGGAUGUCUUUAUCCUGCUGGCCUGGAAGACCUGGUGCAGAAAGCUGUGCUGCUUACCAGUACAAAUUGCCAGGCAUCAAUUCUUGAGAUUCAGUUUUUCCUAGUUAAAAAGCUGGGGAGAGUUAUAUGAAAGAGUGAAUGCAGCUGUCUUUCUACAGGAAUUUCAGCCAAAAUAACUGGGCAUUUAGUCAUUGCUUACUGAAGAUAGCUCUGAUAGAGGCAAAUGGGAAAGGAAACUCAUAAUUCACUUCUGUUGCUAUCUGAGCAUAAAGUACCUCCUGAUUUAAAGCACAAAAUCCAGUAUUGAAGUAGUGAAUGAAUUUCUCUUCAUUCUGUACCUUUUAUGCUUAAUUUCUCUUCUGUGAUUCUUUUUGUUCUUCCUUACAAGAGUAAGGAGGAUGCUACUUGAAAACAAUGCAAAUAGGUUAAUGCUUGAACUUGAUUUAGAUUUCAAGUAAACUGUACUUUUCUCAGAAGACUAAACUCUGGUGCAGGUGAUUUUCUUAACAGUGUGUGUGUGUCGGUGUCCUGGUUGCUUGAUAGGCAUGUAGCAGAGUAAAUGCUGCAGGAUAAUGAGGGAUGGAGAAUUUAUUUGUCUUUCCUAGAAGGGCUUAACAUAUUAAUAUCUUUCUGGGAAAUUGGACAGAUUAGAAGAGAUUGACAAAAGCAUUCUUGUUUUCAUAUCUCUGUGUUCAUAGAAGGAAGACAGAAUAUAAAUUAGUGUGCAGAUAUUGUCUGAGCUGAUAGAAGUUUACUUUUGUUUUACUCACUGUUGCUGUAUGAAAUGCCACAAGCAAUUCAGUUCUGGAUAUCUUGACUCUAAAAGUCUGCAGCUGUAGCCACAGUUUUCCCCUGGCACUGUCUUUCUGCCCACCAGGACUUGGGUUUCCCUCAAGCUGACCCGUGUAGCAUGGGGCAAAGGAGAUCAGUGCUUACGCAGGGGAGUGAGGAUGGCAAGAACAGAACUGGGCUGUCCAGUCUCUUCCUGCCUUUGUGUCUGAUCCUGAGCUAGACACACUGCUGCUUUAUCCUUCAGCUGCUGGUCGUGUUUUGCAGAUGUAGAAGUGUUACAGAGCUACCAUGGGCUUUGCAAAGUGAAGUUUUCCUGUAAGAAAAAUGCUCAGGUUUGACUUUACUCAGUCCCUUCACCCCCUUAGCAGGGCUUUUGGCUGCUGAGGUGGUUUUGUCUCCGCUUCCUCUGUACAAACCAGUCACGGGAAUGUUGAGCAAUGCUGUCAAUGUGUGACAUGCCCUGGGAGGCUGAUGGAACAAAUGCAGUCCUCUUUUAGUCUGACAACUGAACACCUGACCAGCCAGGCUCCCUGCUUGCUGGACCACAGCAUUUUAGUUUUACAGCAGCUCUGGUUUUGUAAUGUCUUUUUAUGCUUGUGCAACAUCUGCCCAAGUAUCCUGGAGUUCCUACACGUGUUGAGCACCACCUGCAUGUGGUCUGUCUGAGAUUCCUUCCCAUCAGAGCUGUAGUGUCACAUGGUCUUCAGUGGUAGAGAGAAUCUUGCACCCUUGCAAGUUAAAAGAAGUGGUCUGGGUUUGGCAAUGCAGUGUUCCUUGUAGGCCAGCAGUCCAGGAGAGCUUUUAAUUUAUGCUGAGGGUUAAGAAAAGCAACUGGUAAGCAAGAUUUGCAUUAGCAGGAGGCUUUUGUGGGACUGGUUUUCGAUGGCCUUAGCUUCCCAAAGAGCAGCUAAAAAGUUCAGUACCAUUUUUUCCCCUAACCUUUUGUGUUUUUCUUUUCAUUCUGCCCAAAUGUUUGCAAGAGCCUAGCUCAAGUGGUCCUUCUCUUGCAGACAUGCAUAUAAGACUCCUUUAUGACUUAGUACCUGCCCUUCUAGGAAGAUCUCUGUGUAUCCUUUUGGGACCAUAUACACAGCCUUUAAGGAGUGGUCAUAUUAUCAUUUCAUAAAUGUGUGGGGUUCUCCCAAUGCCUUUUAGUUCUUGUUAUUGUUUUUAUUUAAGUCUCUCCCUCUGAAAGCCUGUUUGCUUGGUGAGGAAUUAUCACUCCAUGUUUUAUUUCUGUGCCAGAACAUUUCAAAGCCUUCUCCUGUUGUGCUGCUUUUUUUUUUAGUAGGAAUGGCAAACAUCCCAGCUGAACUUUCUUCCUGAUAGUAAGAGCAGUUAACCUCUUCUAAAAUAUAAGACAGCAACCCCUAAUUAUCCAUCAAGACUUCUUUUCUCUCCUUUUUUUCCAAUUUGACUUGAAUGUGCACGAUGUAGACUUAUAUUCGGUAUUCCAGGUGGGAAAAAAAAUUGCUCUGCUGCUUAUUUUGUAAUCUGUAAAGUAUUUUUUGAGUAAAAUGAUAUGUAUUUUUUUGGGGUGUGUGUGGAAUGUGUUUGACCUGAAGAAUUUAACAAAUUGAUAUUUCUUCUUUAUAAAAGGCCAGUUCACUGAGAAAGGAGCUAAUCACUGUCAGAAUAAUCCCAGAGUAGUAUCAUCAACUGGGGAGAGUUCUAUUUAUUAAAUGAUAUAUAAUUGCUAUAGAGUGGACCUGAAGAUAUGUAAAUUGUGGUAUAACAAAUGCUUUAAAUGUUGGGAUUUAAUAAAACUUGAUUUGCUUAUCAAGAAA